AUGGCCUCCGACAGCCCACGGCGGGACGAGCCACGAGCCCCGGCAGUGCUCAGUCCCAACCCCACAAGAGAAGGAUUCCGCUGGAAAAGCAGCAUCUCCAAGCUGCUGUACAAGGAGUUCAUGGUCUUUGUGGUGCUGUAUGCCGUGCUCAGCUUCGUCUACCAGCAGCUGCUGACUGAGAAGUGCCUCUAUACCAAAGUGGCUCAACACUGCAACAGCUCCACGGACCUCAUCCCCAUGUCAUUUUUCCUAGGUUUUUAUAUCACCCUGAUUGUGAAACAGUGGUGGGCCCAGUAUACCAGCAUCCCCCUGCCUGGCCAGUUCAUGUGCAUCAUCUCCAGCAAUGUCCACAGAAAGGACGAGAAGGGACGGAUGCUGUGGUGCACCCUCAUCCGCUACGCCAACCUGUUGGCGGUCCUCAUCCUGCGCCCUGUCAGCACCAGGGUGCUCAAGCGUUUCCCCACCUUGGACCAUGUGGUGGAAGAGGGCUUCAUGACGCAGGAUGAGCGCAAGAAGUUUGAGAGCCUCCACUCCGACUUCAACAAGUGCUGGAUCCCCUGUGUGUGGUUUACCAACCUGGUGGCCCAGGCCAGGUGGGAUGGCCGCAUCCACGACGACGUGGCCCUCCAUCUGCUCACGGAUGAGCUGAAUCUCUACCGGGCCAAGUGCAGCGUGCUGUUCCAUUACGACUGGAUCAGAAUCCCUCUGUUGUACACGCAGGUGGUCACCAUUGCCAUCUACUCCUUCUUUACCUUCCACCUCAUCAGGUGGCAGUUUCUGAAGCCACUGGAGACUGGGCAGGAAGGGGACCUGGACAGGUUCAUCCUCUUCUCCACCCUUCUUCAGUUCUUCUACACCGGCUGGCUGAAGGUUGCAGAGCAGAUCAUUAACCCUUUUGGAGAAGACAAUGAUGACUUUGAGACCAACAAGCUGAUAGACAGGAACCUGCAGGUGUCCCUGCUCUCCAUGGAUGACACGUACCAGAACCUGCCCCCUGCCAUGAAGGACAAAUACUGGAACAAGUCCAUGGCUAGCCCCCCCCACGCCAUGGCCACAGCUGCUGAGACCUUGAAGCCCUCGUUCCUGGGCUCCACCUUCAACAUGCGCAUGGGUGAGGAUGCGGAGCAGACCCAGCCGGUGGAGGCCUCACCGAGCGUGCUGUGCACCCAGACGCCCCUGCUCAGCCACUUCUUCACCGCUGCAUCCCCCGCCACCAGCAUCAAAAACUUUGGCUGGGGCAGCCAGGGUCACCCUCACCUGCAGUGUCCCCGGGCAGAUGGUGUCUUCCCCUCCCCAUACCUCAACCGCUCCAAGGACCGCGAGUCAGUGGCCUGCAUCAAGGAGGAUGAGACAGAGGAUGAGGCCACAAGCCACCCGUUCCGAUACCGGAAAUUCUCCACUUGA